AUGGACGGUGAACGUAGAAAAGAAGAAUUGGCAAAAAAAAGACAAAAGCUUGCUGAGCUUAGGCGUGCAAGAGAAGAGCGAAAGCAAGUCUUUAGUAAUAAUGCUGACCCUCCGGUCAAACCCGUCGAUUUGGAAAGGGAUCGUAAGGAAAAAGAGAUGAUAGAGGUAGAUAAUCUUGUCAAAGCGUUACUAGCGGAUAAAACUGUACGUCCCGGAACUCCAUCUAAUGCCGAAGAUUCUGAUGGUUCUGAUAAAGGCAAAACUGAAAGGGGAAGGCAUUCUCUUUCUAUGCAUUCACAACAUUCUCAAUAUUCUCCAAAUACCUCGGUUCCUCAAAGCCCUCAAAUACCAAAUCUUACUACUCGUUAUAUACCUGAUUUCUCCCCGUUCGAUGCUGUUAUAUUAGAUAUUGCUCCAAAGGAAAUCGUUUUAUAUAGUAAAGAAGUACAGACUUCUGAAAAUUCUUUUGGCCCUCCACCACCUUCAGAGGAAGAAAUUCGUUCAAAGAUUCUAAAAGAAUUAGAAGAAAUUGAAAGACAGGAACGACUGGCUCAGGAAGAACAACAUAUAACCGACGAAGACAGGAAGAAAAUCGUUAAUUCUGCAGAUUUUGCCGAUUUUAUUGAUCAUACUACCAAAAUUAUUGAGAGAGCUCUUAAUGAAAAUUAUGACUUUAUGAAAGAUUAUAGUAUUAGUAAAGAUGUAGAAAGCGAUGAGAAGACAGGAAAUCGUGUUAAAUAUAUGUGCUCAUUUUUUGAUGACAAAUGGAGUAAAAAUCGUUCUGUAACUGAUGUUAAUUGGUCGAAAAAAAAUCCUGAACUUGUUGUUGCUUCUUAUAAUAAAAAUCCAAUUGCUAUGAAUGAACCGGAUGGUGCAGUUUUAGUGUGGAAUUUACGAUUACUUGAACGUCCAGAAUUCAUUUUCCAUUCACAGUCGGAUGUACUUACUGUUGCAUUCUCAGAUUUUCAUCCAAAAUAUGUUAUUGGUGGUACUUAUUCUGGGCAAAUAGUACUAUGGGAUAUGAGAGCAAAAUCUUUACCUGUUGUCAAAACUCCUCUUUCUGCCAAUGGACAUACUCAUCCUGUUUAUUCGAUGCAAAUGGUGGGUACUCAAAAUGCUCACAAUCUCAUUACUGCAAGUACUGAUGGAUUAGUAUGUUCUUGGGAAUUAGACAAGUUAAUUGAACCUCAGGAACAUCUAGAAUUGGUACAUUCUGGACAUCAUAAAACUGAUGAGGUUUCAGUUACUGCCCUCGGAUUCCCAGACAACGAAACUGCUGCUUUCUGGGUUGGAACAGAAGAAGGUAUCGUUUAUCAAGCCAAUCGAUAUGGUGGUGCUAGGGGCAAAGCUGGCAUUAAUCAAUAUGACACUUACAAAGGUCAUUGGGGUCCAAUCACUGGUCUUCACUUUCAUCCUCUUUUUGGUCCUGUCGACUUUUCUGACUUGUUUUUGACAUCAUCUGUUGAUUGGACUUCUGUUUCAAAACCAUCAACGUCUCCGCAAGUCAUUGCUCCAUUACAUUCCUUUGAAGGAUCAGACGAUUACGUUUAUGAUGUUAAAUGGUCACCUUGUCAUCCAGCGCUGUUUGCCUCAGUUGACGGUACAGGAAAAUUCUCUAUAUGGAACUUGAAUGUUGAUACUGAGGUACCCAUUGUAAAUACUCAAGUUGGUCAAGGCAAGGCAUUAAAUAAGAUUCAAUGGGAUAAAGAAGGAAGAAAGACAGCAAUUGGAUCUUCUGAUGGACGUGUUCAUAUUUAUGACAUAGGCGAGCUGUGCAUCCCGAGAGAUAAUGAAUAUGCUCUUUUGCAAAAAUCCAUUUCCGAAUUAAUUAAUGUCACCGAAAGUCAUAGUGGAAGAUAUGCACUUUAG